AUGACCUUUCCUACGAGGCCAAAAACCAUUAUAUCAAGCGGACUACUAACUUAUAAGACCCUUAUCGUUAAUCCCAAAGGAAAUAACUCCAUCGAAGAACACACAGCACAUGAUGCACGCGAAGAAGAUGGUAUUGAUAGUCGAAUGUUUCAAGAAUGUAUUCAAGGUGGUUGUAUUUAA